AUGGGUGCAUUUCCCGAUGAACACACGGUAAACCAAUGGUAUGAUGCUGCGUUGAAACUAAAAAAUCUCAAUCCUGGCGUCGGAAAAUUCACUAUCGAAAAAGUGUCACCAGAAUGGUAUACCUUAGGAACUUCCGAUGACGUUAACAACUUUAUUGAUUCGGUUCAUGAAAAUGAACUAAAAGAAUAUAGGUCGAAAUGUUUUUGGUUGCUGUUGAACGAUACAGGCGGUAGGGACAUGCCAAUUAUUCCUAUGCAGAAAUUUUUAUCGAG